AUGACUAUUGCGGAGGAAAGAAGGUUAUUACAACUGAAUGAGCGUGAUGAGCUUAGACUCCUCGCCUAUGAAAACGCCAAUCUUUACAAAGAGAAGACCAAAAGAUGGCAUGACAAGCAAAUUCAAGUUAGGGAAUUUGAACUCAAACAACUUGUGUUGUUUAACUCAUGGCUUAAGUUAUUUCUGGGUAAAUUAAGAUUGAAAUGGAAAUUACAAGUUAAAAAUAAGGAGAAUACCACAUUUGAGGAAAGCAAUCAAGUUUGCAAAAUGAUAUGUGUAAGUGGGGAUUUUCUCAGGCAUUUAUUAUAUGGUCAGCGAUCUUCAGCUCAUUGGACUAGGCAUCGUGUUACAGGUUUGCUUUCUUCCUUCCCCUAUGCUCAGAUGAACAAUGAAGCAAGAAUGUAG